CUCCCCCUCCCUCCCCUCCCCCCCCCACCACCUCGCCAACUGCAUGCGGGUGCGUCUCUAAGGCCCCCGCAGUUGUUCUUGCUCCUCGGAUGCUAGAAGAGCUCAUGACUCUGCUCGAUGUGGCCCUGGCGGCAGCGUCACGUUGGAGUUCUUGUGCUCUUGCUGCAAUCGUGUCGUUGUCAUGCGAAACUGCCUUCCCCGUGAGUUGAGGUUUUCGGAUGGUAGGAAGCGUGGUGGUUCGGUGAAGUUUCGCUGCGAGGUUGGAUUGGCAAUACUGGCAGUUCCGGUUGUAGUUGUGGCUGCGGGUGUCGAGUGGAGGAAUGCAUGAGUAAGAUCUAGGGUUUGGUUGUGUGUGACCGUGUAUUGAGCAGGUGGAAGAGCUUGUGGAUUCCCGGUGCGAUGAUUGUUAGAUUGGAGGUAGAGUCUGUAGUAGUGGAGAGUUCAUGGUGUAGUCUAGGAGAAGAGCAUUCUGAUGGCCUGUAGCUGCGGUUUAGCGUCAAUGGAUAAAUGUGUGGUGUGACGGAGCAGUUGUUGCGGGAUUCCGGGAUAUGUGUUUCUGACAGCGGUGUUUCGAGAGAGCCCUGCGUGUUCUUGUGGUCUGGAAUUUGUGAAUUUAUCGUGAGAAUUAUGAAUUUUGGUGUUGAGGAGAGGUGGAUACGGGUUUACUAGGUGUUGAAAGAGCUGGUGAUUGACUUUGUACAUUGUGAUGGCUACUGUGGUGCGAUGGGCCUCACUGAGACCACUGGAAUGCGCAAGCACAGGGCUGGACUUACCGGUCUGCAAGUGCCGUUCUUUUUAUGGCCGAUUUUUGGGAGAGAGGAAGCACUUCUGGUCGGGUCGAAAGGGGUCCCUACGAAGAGGGAGUAUUGGCAGAAUGGGAGCGUUUGGUGAUACGAGGUUGGAGCUUGUUCUGAAUGGGAGCGUAAACACCAAUGAAUUUGGUACUCUAGCCUUGCUAUUUUCCGACAUCCCAGAGGACGAUGGUUUGGUCAUAUCGCGUCGAGAGUUGCAGCUUAAAUUACCAAGCGAAAUUGAUGAGUCCAAUGAGCUAUACGAUAAACUUGCCGAGAACGCAAUGGCUGGUGAAUCGGUAACUGAUGGAGCGGAAAAGAAGAAUAACUUGGAGGAAGAAUCAGACCCUGGACAGACGCAUGUUGAAGUUGGGAAAGGGCAGGUAGAAACCCGCAUUGGUGUACCAGCAUAUCAGCAGGCCAGCGAGUUACUUGCAUCAGUUAACAAAACUCUGGAUGGGCUUGAAGAUGACCUUAUCAAGCACGCAGAGGAGCUGGAGGCUUCUACUCUGUCGGAGGACUUUGUCUUUUCCGGAUUUCUCGAAUUAGAACAGAUUCGAAAGGAGGUACGUGUUCGGGAUUAUUUUCUCGACAUGCUGCGGCAGGAAGCAGUUGACGCUUCCCAAAUAUUAAGUUCUGCCACCCUAGCCAUGGUAACAGCGAAGGGCAAGAUAACCUACUUGCAAGAGCAACUAGACGUUGCAACUGGCUUGCUGCGGCAGGAGAAAGGAGCAACUCAACGAGCUCUGGACCUCUUAGCAAUCUCGCUACUGACCCUAUCGGGUGCGGAAGCGCGUGUAAGAGAACUUGAAAAACAAGUAGAAAUUGGAUCACAAGCUCAAGACUACUCCGCUGAGAACUUGUUGGACACAAAAGAGAAGAUUACACAGCCUUUGCGUACUGAAAAUCAUCACAAUGCUAGCAUGCUCGUUGCUGCCGCCAAGGCUCGAGAAAGUCUUACGAAUGCAGAGAAGAAAGUGGAAUUUUUUACAGCUCAAGUGGCAAUACUAAAGGAGGAAGUGCGUUCAAGGGACAUGCUUUUAAGAGAAGUUAGGGAUGAGAUGGUUUGUAGUACAGAUGCUUUGAAGUUGGCUUCGCAGAUCAAGCAGGUCCUAAAUGCAACCAAGCAGAAGGAAUUGGAACUGGUGCAAGAUUUAGAGAUUGAGAGAAGUCAUGUGAAGGAUCUUCAGCAAGAGUUGGCCGAAAAUCGGAGAGCUGUUUUAGUUGAGCAGGCAUUACAACAGAUGGAGAAAAAUUUAAAGGGGCUUGAACUUAAGGUUGAAAUGCUUCGUGGCGGGGUGAGAGCACGAGAUAAUGCUUUAAGAUUAAUGAGGGAUGAAGUGGAUCGUAGCUUUGAGGUUCUAUCCAAUGCUGCUGAGAACCGCGAGGCAGUCCGUCAGAUGACAUCAUAUGCUGAAGAAUUAAGAGCAGAACUAGCAUCGAAGGAUGAGAAAAUUAUGUCAUUGCAAGAGAAGCUUUCUCAUGUUGAGCCUUCGUUGCGACAGGAGAGGCCUGUGAUGAAAUCUAAUUCUAGUGUCAAGGCAUCUACAGUUUCUGGACAGCUUAGAUCUAAAAAUGCACCAAAUGUGUCGACAAAGGUGAAAGGAAAAUCAAUUUGGCGUAGGCAAGGCAACAAACCUCCUAGCAGACCCUCCCCACAAUCUUAAAGCCUGGCUAUAUGUGGGUAAGAAGCAGAAAUGCUAGCAAAUACCCAAUACUAUGUGAAAGCUAAUCUGGCAUGAGUGUAAAGGAGUGUCAAAGACCUCUGCUAGUUAUCAUCGCAUCCUGGAUUCAAGUCGAUUCGGUCACUUAUAUCAAUGGUAAUAGUCAGAUAGUGGGGUUCUUACUAAUCCGUUGUUCUCUAGUUGGACUGUACCAUUUCUUUGCCCUUACAAACUGGGUAUUCAAAAUUUUACCUGGCACCUGACCAACUUCAUCGUGCUCGAUGAUGUUAUUAGCCGUUGUUUUCUUUUUUUACUUUUUAUUUUUUGAUUUAAAAGAGUGUUAUUAGGUUUCGCUCCACUUACAGCGAGCGCGGCCACGCCUCAAAAGAGUGAUGAUUGCGAUUUAUAACAUUAAUUUUAAACUGUAGGUAUGUCCUUGAAUGAGUAAUUUGAGUAGGUCAUUUGCCAAGAGAGUAGUUUCUAUAUAAUUAACCAUUUCAUUACAAAUGAAUAUCUCUGGCGUGUUAAAGAGGCGGUUGUUCAGUUGGAAGGGGAACUUUAUUGUAGUACGUUAUACUUGUACAAAGCUUGAUGAAUCAA